ACCAUCUCCCACCCCCCUCCCCCCGCCACCGAUAUCAACCUCCUCGAAUUCCCCCUCAAUCUCGAAUACCUCGAAGCCGAAUUCUUCCUAUGGGGCGCGCUCGGCUACGGUUUGGACCACGUCGCCCCCACGUUCCCCCUUGGUGGCCCGCCGCCAAUCGGUGUCCGGAAAGCCAAUCUAGACCCUUUCGUUCGAGAUAUCGUAACACAAUUUGCUUAUCAAGAAGUCGGACACUUGAGGGCCAUCAAGCAAAUUGUGAAGGGUUUUCCGAGGCCGUUGCUUGAUUUGAGCGCGAAGAGUUUCGCCCGAGUGUUUGAUGAUGCGGUCGGGCGAACGCUCUCUCCGCCUUUUGAUCCCUAUGCUAAUGAUGUCAACUAUCUUCUGGCUUCUUAUGUUAUACCUUAUGUUGGGCUCACCGGAUAUGUGGGCGCCAACCCGAAUCUACAGAGCCCCGUCGCGAAAAGG